UGAGGUGGUGGUGCUGAAGGGGGGGUGGGGUUGGGUUAAGGUUACCCUCCAUUCCAUUUCCAAUUCCAAUCAGAGAGAGAGAGAGAGAGAGAGAGUGGGCAUUCUUAAUCUUAUUAUCAUUUCUCAAACUCGCUCGCAAGGUUACCUUUCGAUUUAUUAUUAUUACUAAAUUGCAAUUGCAAUUUUCAAACAUGUCCCAGAACUCCGACUCCCCUUCGCUUUCUUCUCUCUAAGGUUAAUAAAAUAAAUCUUCUUUCCUCUCCGACACCCCUUUUUCAUUUGUUGUAUUAUUAUUGAUUCAAUCAAUAAUAAUUAUUCUCUCUCGAUCUAAUUUUGAAACCCUAAUAACAUUUUCAAUGGAUAUCGUUGUAAGGUAUGGAGUGUUUUGACACCUGGAAGAGAUCAUGGUGCAGUGCCUAGACGGAUUAAAGCAUUUGUGUGCUGCUGUGGUAAAUUGUUGUGAAUCUGAUUCAAUAAAGCAACCUAGAGGUUUAGAGAAUCCAGAACUUCUUGCCAGAGAGACAGUGUUUAGUGUAAGUGAGAUUGAAGCACUUUAUGAACUGUUCAAGAAGAUCAGCAGUGCAGUGAUUGAUGAUGGACUAAUUAAUAAGGAAGAAUUUCAGUUGGCGUUGUUCAAGACAAACAAGAAGGAGAGCUUGUUUGCAGAUAGGGUGUUCGAUUUAUUUGACACAAAGCACAAUGGGAUACUUGAUUUCGAAGAGUUUGCACGCGCUCUCUCUGUCUUUCAUCCAAACGCACCAAUUGAUGAUAAGAUUGAGUUUUCUUUCCAAUUGUAUGAUCUCAAACAGCAAGGUUUUAUUGAAAGGCAGGAGGUAAAACAAAUGGUGGUGGCCACUCUAGCUGAAUCUGGUAUGAACCUUUCAGAUGAUGUGAUCGAAAGUAUUAUUGACAAGACAUUUGAGGAAGCUGAUACAAAACAUGAUGGGAAGAUUGACAAGGAAGAAUGGCGAAACCUUGUCUUGCGGCAUCCAUCCCUUCUGAAAAAUAUGACUCUUCAGUAUCUGAAAGAUAUAACCACCACAUUUCCCAGUUUUGUUUUUCACUCGCAAGUUGAUGAUACUUGAGGCAACUACAUCAUCCAUGUCACUUUUAUUGGUCUUGAAUAUGAAUGUUUAUGUUUGGCUUGUGAAUACCGAGGUAUUGUUUGAAGGAUUAGUUCAGGGUGGAUUGUUUUUCGUUUUGGAUAGUUGAGGCUUGAAUAUCUGGAAAAUGGGCUUUUUCUCAUUGAUUUGCUUCAUUUAAGAAUAAAAGAACCAAAUAGAAUAUUUAGGUGUUUCAGCAUUAGCAUCCUGGAUAUGUUGGUGAAAAAAAUACUUGUCACAAGUCAAGUGUGCAAUGGCUUCGGCAAGCCGUGAAUGUGUCUUAGAAGAGUUGAUAAUUGCUGCACAAAAAAACUUGGGUGCAAGUCAGCUCGUGCCUAGAACCAACAUUGUCCUUACUUCCAUUUUCUUUCGCCCUUCAUCCCGUUCUAGAACCAACGUCGUCCUUACUUCCAUUUUCUUUUGUAUUACUAUUUUUGUCAAGGUUAUUGGGAGAUUAAAAAAUCAGAUAUGGUGUAUAUUUUCUUGUAAUUAUUAUUUUUGUUGCAAGGGUGUGUAUUUGACAAAUUAAUUGGAAGCAAUCUUUUAUGAAUGCCUAAAAUCAUGGUGGAAAAGUCA